AUGGCCAGUAACGAUCUCAGAUCGCAGGGAUCCUUUAACGCUAAUCUCUCCUUAUAAUCAGAUGAGCUGUAGAAAAUCCUCUUCACUCUUCUGCAUCUUAUUCAACCACUGCAAGAAAACAUGGUCCAAAUGAACAGCCAGUUGAUUCUUUUUACAAUGUUUCUGUCCUUUUUCUUUACUGCAUGCUUCUCUCUUCCAGCAAGGUCCAGGAUGGGGAAUUCCACAUCCACUACUUCUGGAAGGGUUUCAGACCAGGCAUGUUCUCAGUUUAUUCAGGAAACGGUGUCUCAUAACUGCAUUGUUAUAUUCUCCAAGACGACAUGCCCUUAUUGCAAAAUGGCCAAGAAUGUGUUUAACCAAAUCGGAGCCACAUAUAGGGUGAUUGAACUGGACGAACAUAAUAACGGACAACAGAUUCAAGACGUUUUAGAACAAAUAUCCGGUGCCAGAACGGUCCCAAGAGUGUUUAUCAAUGGACAGUGCAUCGGAGGAAGUUCCGAUACCCGACAGCUUCAUGAACAGGGCAAACUUUUGCCACUUAUUGAGAAGUGUAACCUGUGUUGCUUGAAUAACACUUGAAUCAUUUUAACUGGUAGGGAUGUUUAGUGGGUUUAAACAACAUGAAGUCAAGAUGUUCAGUUGCAUAAGAUUUAUCCAAAAUGUGCAAGGAAACUGUUUAUAAAGUACGGUGUUGCGAAAUGAUGCAUCCCAAAGGUAACAGCAUAAUAAAAAAUCUGCAUGACAA